AUGGUUCCAGUGUUACCUGUUAUUCAAAGUUACGCACAAUUUGGAUAUUGGACGAACAUAACAAUCAUCUAUGGUUCUUUUGGACGAAUUCCAUUGCCAGACUUUGUCUGCUAUGAUAUACAACGAUGUCCUUUUCCACCGGAUUUUCAGAUCAAUAAUUUAACUUGUUUACAUUUGACAGAUAUUGGUUCGAUCGAUAUUAAUUACAUGAUUAUACCAUUUCAUAUGUGUUCACCAUUAUAUGAAAGUGGAAACGAAACGCAUUGCUUUGAUCGAUCGUUAUUUCAUUGUCCUAAUACAACCAAGUGUAUUUCGAAGCAUCGAUUACUCGAUGGUAUUGCUGAUUGUCUCAAUGGUUCGGAUGAAACCUAUACUCAAUCAUGUCAUUUGAAUCAUCCAUAUCGCUUUCGAUGUCCAUCAGAAAAUAAAUGUCUCUCACCUGUGUUAAUGCGUGAUUCUAAGGAGCAUUGCCGUCAUGGUGAAGACGAACGCUAUAGUUACAAGCAAAAGUUGCCUUAUCAAAAUCUUUGCGAUGGAUAUACUCAUCUUCCAGCUGCACAUACUGACAGAGAGAACGAAACGGAUGAAACAAAUUGUGAACAAUGGCCAUGUAACAAUCAAUAUACUCAAUGUGAUAUGGCUUGGACAUGUCCAAAUGGGGCUGAUCAAAUUAAUUGCAAUCCCACAUCGAAAUGUUACCCUGAUCAUCAUGAAUGUGUGUCGCCUAUAACUUUCAAAGUGAUUUGUUUGCCAAUGAAUGACACUGGAAAUGAUGGUUAA